AUGGAGUCCAUCCUCGGGUGGCGGUGGCAGCCCCACGGCUGCGACCUCCCCCGCUUCGACGCUGCCGCCUUCCUCCGCCUCGUGCGGGGCAAGUCCAUGGCCUUCGUCGGGGACUCCGUCGCCUGUAACCACAUGCAGUCCCUCAUGUGUCUCCUCGCCAAGGUGGAGUACCCAAUGGAGAUCGAGCCGAGAGGCUGCGUCCACUGCACGCGCAAGUACCACUACCGGGAGCACGACUUCACGGUGUGCGUGUUCUGGACGCCGUUCCUGGUGCGGUGGAACCUGACGCACGGCGGGCAGUCGUUCAUAGACCCGCACAACGUGUACCUCGACGAGGCGGACCCUGAGUGGAGCGGCGACGCCGCUGGCUAUGACUACGCCGUUCUCAGCGGCGCCAAGUGGUUCACGCGCCCCACCGUGCUCUACGAGGGCGGCCGCAUCCUCGGCUGCGCCAACGUGGACGGCUGCGAGGCGGCGCACAACGCCACCGACGUGGCCCCGGACUACGCGUUGUGGUGGUGGUCCGGACGGUGGCGCCGCCGCACUACGUUCCACGCCGCGCAGGUGGAGGAGUUCCGGACCGCGGCGUCGGCAGCGUCGGCGGCGAGGUUUGUGCUGAUGGACGUGAGCGAGAUGAUGCAGAUGAGGGGCGACGGACACCCCGGGCAGUACGGGCACUGGCCACACGAGAAGGUCGGCUUCGGCAUCGACUGCGUGCACUGGUGCUUGCCUGGGCCCGUCGACGCUUGGAACGAGCUUCUGCUCCAUUUGCUUCUGAGUGGUUAA